AUGGUUAAUUUCUCGAGGGUGCCCCAGCAGUGGGACGACGUGGCCGCCUUGAGGCGGCGAGCCUCAAGAGGACGAACAUUGAUGGUUUCAGCUGUGAAAGGAGUUUCCCAUGUGCUGGGGAACAUCAAGAAUGCAGCUGAGAACCGUGAUGUUCUUCUACCACUCGUGAGAUGUAUGGCCCAGAUGGGCAGAGUGGAUACACCAUCGAUUGAGGUGUUGAGUCCGCUUGUGAUCGAGUUCUACUCCCUUGCAGGAUACCCAGAUCCUGCAGGGCUUGAGGCCGUUGCCCACCAGGAUGCCUGGGGGAUAAAGAGGUGUUUGACUCUGUUGCGACGGAAGUGGUCGCGCAAUGAGGACCCCCGUGCAAAGGAGCUUGUCAAACUCUAUGAUUUGGCUUUUGCAAACUUCCUGCAGGCUGGUGGCAAUGCUGCCAGUCUGCGCCACCCAGAUAGUGAAGAUGAUGAUGCUGAUCCGUUUAUCGACGACAAUGAUGAUUCUCCGCCGCCGCCGCCACCGCCAGCUGCUGGGGCUUUGUUGGCUGAGGUGGAACCCGCGUCGGUGCCAUCGUCCAGGGCGUCUGAUGUGGAACCCAGUUUGCCGGUGUCAUCGUCUGGGGCGUCUGAAGUGGAACCCAGUUUGCGGAUGCCAUCGUCCGGGGCAGGUGAUGUGGGACCCAGUUUGCCAGAGCCAUCGUCUGGGGCAUAUGAAGUGGAAGACAGUUUGCAGGAGCCAUCGUCUGGGGCAUCCGCUGGAGUUGCCGAGCAUUUUUCAGUGGAUGACAUUGGGCCCCGAUCCUUGGAGGCCUUGCUAGCUGAGAUUGACUCUCCGGAUGUGAAGGUUCGCGAGGAACCAUCCGCUUCUGCCUCGUUGCCUACAUCUACGGCCCCAGGUUCUAUGGUGAAUCCUCCGAUCGAGGACUCAAAGCCUUUGGGUGGAGCAGUGCGGCCAGAUUGUUUAGAGACCCAGCCGUGGGAUGCAAGCGCAGUUGCCCCGAGAACCAAAGUUGUGAUUGAUUUGGAUACUCCGGAGCGGGUGAAGCGAGAGCCUCUGGAGGCAGCAGUGGAGCCCCCAAGCCAGCUUGCAGAACCAGUGUCUGGCCCAAUCCCAGAGCCGAGCCAGCUCGCAGAAUCCCCAAUCCCAAAGCCGAUCGAGCCAGAACCGAGCCAACGCACAGAAUCCCCAAUCCCGAAGCCGAUCGAGCCAGAACCGAGCCAGCACGCAGCCCCUGCCAAUGGUGUUUCAAUUGCCACAGAUUCUCCUGAGCCAACUCCGAAGCCAAAGCCGUCAUCUUUGUUGUAUGGUGAUGACUUGAGCCCAGAGAAGCAGGUGCUGACCCGCAACGACCAGCUUUCCUUGAAGCAGGGUGCAGGCUCUGAGGACAAGCCCAGCACAGGCAAUGGUCGUGGAAGGGGUCGUGGUAGGGGUCGUGGCAAAAAGCCUGUUAAGCAAAGCAUUUCCAAAGCUGAGAAGCCCCAGUGCGCAAGAGCAUCGAGUGCUGAGAAGCCAGAUGAUUCGGCUUGGUGGUCAGCAGAGGCUGGCCAAGAUGACGAAUGGCAUGACGGUGAGUGGGAUGAUGGUGAGUGGGAUGCAUCGGAGUGGGCUGCGUGGGCUGGGACAUGGGAGGAGCCGAAGGAUGAGGCUCCCAAGCCAAAGCAGGGAAAGAAGAAGCGCAACCGUGCUGGCCGGAAGUCUGAUGGAGUUCCGGAGCCGGAGACGGCCCCAGAAGCAGCCCCAGCUGCAAAGGCCACAGCCAAAGCGAAGGUGAAGGCCAUCGGACGGGCGCGAAAGGGCUGCGCGGAUGCUGAGAUGGAUGCUGAUGAUUCGGAUGGUACCUUCAGCUACCCGCAGACAUUUUCCAGACGUGCCUUUCCCCCGAUCAAGGGGUCCGAGUCGCAGAAGCUGUGGAAGGCGAUCACAAAAAACUUUUGGUUGCACGUGCUGCCCCACAUCGAAAAGGGGACGCGGACCACUGCCGAGGCUGUCUUCUGGCACUACGCCCGGGCACGCUGGCAGCAGAGUGGAUUCAGCCCUGGAGACAAGGACUUCAUGGAGCUGAUGGAGAUGGCUGCUCAAGAGUUUGUGCUCCUACGACCAACCAUGGCUGAUGUACUUCUGCAGGAGCCGAAUGCAUGGGCAAGCGAGGCCUUGCAAGGGCAGGUCUUUGUGCUGUGUGUCUUGCUUGUCCUGUGGAACAAAGACAUCUGCUUCAACAAGGAGCUCGACUUCAUAGAGCAUUUCUCUGGCUCUGCGGUGCUGACCCAUGAAGCACGUCUGUCUGGGUAUUCUUCGGCAGCUUUGGACAAGGCUUAUGGAUUCCUGGACUGGUGUGGGGUACUUUGCUCCAGCUGGGUCUCGAUGGCAAAGGGCACAACGCACAGCAACUGGGUUAUCGAGCAGCCCAGAAGCAGUCUGCUGUUCCAACAUGAUCGAAUGCAGUGGCUCUGCCAGCGUUUCAAGGUUGAUCGGCCGGUCACAUUGUCUGCUUUGGAGAUGUUUUCAAGAGCAUCUUACAAUGACAUGUGCGAGGAUGCCAGGCUGACGGAGACGGUUGAGAUCGACCAGAAUAUGAGCACUCUGAUGCAAUUGGUGCAAGCGCAACAAGCCAUGAUCCAGAAGCUCCAAACGGAGCAAGACGACAGAGCCGGAGUUCCGGCGGCCGAGGAUGAUGAAGAUGAUGAUGGUGAUGAAGCCGACAGGGAGAAGAAACGCAUGGAUGCAAAAUUGCGUCGACUGUGCAACUACACGAGCACAGGCAGGCUGCAGGUGCCGAAGGAUGUGCAUGACCUUUGGGUACAAGCCGGAACCGUCCGAGACAACCUCGUGCAGCUAUUGGCAGACGCCAAUGGGAACAAGGCGGACUUUCUCAAGAAAGUGGACAUCUAUAAGGAGAGCCUGCGCUGCAGGGACGAGGGCACGGACGGUGGUUUCUAUACGCGGGAUGAUAUGGUUAAGAAGGUUUCAGAAGGAGGGCUUGGAUGGAAAUAUGCGGACAAGGUGAUUGCAUGGGUCCGAGCGCACCCAAGCGGGAAUAUCAGGAAGAACAAGUACGACGAUGAGCUCGAGGAGCUUUGGUGCGACAUGCGCACCAGUGGGCGCCAAGGGAUCUCAGAGAAAGAAGGGUUGAGAGAGCAGACCAGUGCCUCCGGCACAGCCGAAAGCUUUAGCAUCGCUGGCAUGUCCGGCGACCUCGACAAAGCAUGGAAUCGUGAGCCCUCCACGAACUUGCAGAUCGAAGGCCCGAAAGCUGUCCCUGAAGCUGCAUUGGACAUGUUCAGUCGUAUGCUCCAAGUACAGUUUGGUGCAUCUAGCAAUUCUGUUUCAUCUCAGGCAAAGAACAUGGUGGAGCAGUACAUGCGCGAGUGUGUAGCCUCACGUGACAAGCUGAUGAAAUUUAUGGACAAACUCGAUGUUACAGAUGCUGCUGUGAAAUUGCCUUUCAGUCCGGAGUAUCCCAAAUUGAACGACAUCAAAGAUCAGCUUGGCAAGCUCUAUGACGACUUGGCUGCCAUGCAGGCUGAGUCCAAAAUCGGAAACAUGAGUGAUGCGUACUUCGUCUUACAGCAAACUGAGAAGCUCGAAAAAUUGUUCGAGAAUGUGAAGAAGCAGAUGACACUCGCGAUCUCUGGGGAGGCCAAGAACCGGAAGCUGAAAAAGAAGGACGUCAAGCGCAAAGCUGCGCCAACUGCUGAAGUGAAAGCUCCUGAGAAUGAGGAUAAGGUGAAGAUGCAGAAGAUGAGGUAUGUGAUCGAGCUCGAGUGUUGGCUACAACAUUGGGCAGUGGAGCUGGGGCCCCGAACAUGCUAA